UUUGAUUGCGUUUCGGAACAGCCUCAACACGAAUUACCUACCAUUUGCCCUGCAGAGGCGAUCGACUGUGGUUGCCAGCGCCGCUGCAACAGGAUCAGCCUCCUCGUCCACGCCCGGCCAGCAGUUUGACCUAAAUUCAACCAACAACAACAGCAGUAGCAACACUAGCAGCAGCCUAGACAACAUCUCGCGGAUACAAGCAUCCUGGCCAGACAGGAGCCAGCAGCAGCAGCAGCAGCAACGACAGCAGAAUCAGCAAAAGCGUUUGGCCACUGACGGCAGCAUGUCGAUGAGCAUCACCUUUGGCACCCCCAACACACCCAACAUAAGCAUGGAUCUGGCUGCACGUUCCACACUGGUGAAGGAGGGCUGGCUGAUGAAGCGAGGGGAGCACAUAAAGACUUGGCGUCAGCGCUACUUUGUGCUCCGUUCUGACGGUAGUCUGAUGGGAUAUCGCAGCAAGCCGGCGGACAGCGCCAGCACACAGACGUCGGAGCAGCUACUGAACAACUUUACAGUGCGCGGGUGUCAGAUCAUGAGCGUGGACAGACCCAAGCCCUUCACAUUCAUCAUCCGCGGCCUGCAAUGGACAACGGUGAUUGAGCGCACCUUUGCCGUCGACACAGAAAUGGAGCGCCAGCAGUGGACCGAGGCCAUACGCAACGUGUCCAGUCGCCUGAGCGAAAUGGGAGAGAUGGCCAUGUCGCCGUCAGUGCAGACUGACAUGGCCGACGUGGACAUGGCCGGCAUUGCCGAGGUGGAACUCUCCGAGCAGUUCUCGGUGCAGGGCACCACCUGCAACAGCAGCGGAGUCAAGAAAGUGACUUUGGAGAACUUUGAGUUCCUCAAGGUGCUCGGCAAGGGCACCUUCGGCAAGGUUAUCCUGUGCCGUGAGAAGGCCACUGCCAAGCUGUAUGCGAUCAAGAUUCUCAAGAAGGAGGUCAUCAUCCAGAAGGAUGAGGUGGCGCACACACUCACCGAGAGUCGUGUGCUCAAGUCCACCAAUCAUCCAUUUCUUAUUUCUCUUAAAUAUUCAUUUCAAACCAACGAUCGCCUGUGCUUCGUCAUGCAGUACGUGAACGGCGGGGAGCUCUUCUGGCAUUUGAGCCACGAGCGCAUCUUCACCGAGGACCGCACACGUUUCUAUGGAGCCGAGAUCAUCUCGGCCCUGGGCUAUCUCCACUCGCAGGGCAUCAUCUAUCGCGACUUGAAGCUGGAGAAUCUUUUGCUGGACAAAGAUGGCCACAUCAAGGUCGCCGAUUUUGGCCUGUGCAAGGAGGACAUCACCUAUGGCCGCACAACGAAAACAUUUUGCGGCACACCGGAAUAUUUGGCCCCGGAAGUAUUAGACGAUACUGACUAUGGACAGGCGGUGGAUUGGUGGGGCACAGGCGUCGUCAUGUAUGAAAUGAUUUGCGGACGCCUACCGUUUUACAAUCGCGAUCAUGAUGUGCUUUUUACAUUGAUAUUGGCAGAAGAGGUGAAAUUCCCGCGUAAUAUCACCGAUGAGGCGAAAAACCUGCUGUCUGGACUGCUGGCCAAGGAUCCCAAGAAGCGUUUGGGUGGCGGCCAGGAUGAUGUCAAGGCAAUACAAGAUCAUCCCUUUUUUGCGAGUAUUAAUUGGACAGAUCUGGUGCUAAAGAAGAUACCGCCGCCCUUUAAGCCUCAGGUAACAUCCGAUACGGAUACGCGUUACUUUGACAAGGAGUUUACUGGAGAGAGCGUGGAGUUGACGCCGCCGGAUCCCACGGGACCGCUGGGCUCCAUAGCCGAAGAGCCGCUAUUCCCGCAGUUCAGUUACCAGGGAGAUAUGGCUUCCACAUUGGGCACCUCGUCGCACAUUAGUACUUCCACAAGUCUCGCAUCGAUGCAAUAGAACAACAGCAGCAACAAGAAGAGUUAAGCAACAACGUAACGUAGCGUAAUGUAACGUAACGCAACGUGCUUGCACACACACCCACACCCCACACAUCAUGUUCUGCUUUCAUCACCUCUAUAAACUAUAUACCUAUACCUACUAUAGCAUAUAGCAUUGGGAAAAAUGAAAUGAAAACAAAA